GGCCGAUCUCUAUAUAAAACAGAAUUCAUGAACCUGGAGUUCAAACCCGCACACUCUAGAGUACAGUGGAGAUACUGCGCAAGACCGGUAUAACUUGAGUUUGGGGAAGCUGCACACAGUUAAAUAUGGCCAGCUCUGUGACUACAGACAAUGGGAUGGUAAUAGUCACCCAGGUCUGUCCACAGAGCCAGGGCUCUCUGCCUGCUGGUGUGCCAAACAGCUCAAGUCUGUCUGCACCUCUACAGAAAUUCCUCAACGGCGAGCCUAAGACCCUGGGGGCUGUUCAGAUCACAGUAGGACUGCUGUCCAUAUUCUCUGGAGUGGUGAUGACGCAGGAGUAUGGCUUCUUCUCAAUGCUUACUGGAAUCCCUUUCUGGGGAGGGCUAAUGUUCAUCGCCUCUGGGGCUCUGUCUGUUGCAGCUGAAAAGAAGCUGAGUUUCCCUCUGUUGAAGGCUUCCCUCUCUACGAAUAUCACCAGCACGAUCACAGCAGGCUUUGGGAUAAUCAUCUACUCCUUAGACUUGGGUCUGUUCUACCAGUCUUACAGCCGUUCUGUUCUGCACAGUGCUAUCAAGGGUAUCCUGCUGGUCUUCACAAUUCUAGAGUUUGCUAUCACUAUCAGCACCUCGGCCUUCACCUGCAACGCUGUUUGCUACGACAACUCUGCGCCCAUCGUGGUUGUGCAGCACAUGACCAAUGCUCAGCCCAAGGUGCAGGACAGAGGUAACACCCCCUACAAAACUCUGGAAAACCAAGUGGAGUCUGCAGAAGCCAAGCCAUCCCACCCUCCGGAGUACACAGAGUGAGGACCUGCCACGCACUGCAGAGACAGGCAGGGCUAGGAUGCUCCCUGCACGAUGAUGCCUCAGCGAUGAGUGGCUCUAUCACAGAAGAGCAAACUCCUCUGCAAACUAAACAGACUGAGUACCCUUCCUGCAUGGAAGCUAUACUAUAUUUCACCCUCUAGUACAGAGGGGCAAUAUGUCUUUCUUCAGUGCCCACAGUUUUGCUUGCUUCAGGGAGAUGGGCAUGUUUCUUUGCAUUUAAGGGACAUGACACACACAGGCAUGCCAGAACUAUAUACUUUUAAUUCCUUCUUUUCACUGUCGUAUUUCAGUUCAUUGCUUACUUGCACUCAGCUUACUGCACUCUUAAUUAUAUACUUAAGUUCUUGAAUGCACAUGACCCAGCUGAUGGGAAGACAUGAGGCAGGCAAGGUUUCAUGCGGACAAGCACAAUAUCUGUAGCAAAAUGCUCCUAUAUGAAUUUCAAAUACGUAGAUGGAAGGCAGUGCCUAAUAGCAGCCUCCUGUGGAAAAUUCCAGGAUCUAUAGUGAAAGGAGCAGCAAUUAAAACAAAUUAUGUUUAGGUUUAUACAAUGCUCUAUUUAGAGACGUUUUGAAAUACUAUACACAAAUGAAGUUGCCACAAUAUAAAGAGUUUGUGGAAGUGCUAUCAGAAUAACUUAAAAGUCUGAAAGGAAUGUCACAUACAGGUUAAAGGGGCUGAAAGGUUGGAGAUUUUAAGUUACUUAAGAAUCACAAUAAAAUGUUAAAAUGCAGCCUCUUACAUUUUUAGGAACAGCACUAAACAGAAAACAAUUGAGGAAUUCAAAUUGUACAAUGAGGGAUGUAUUAGAGACAGGCACAAGCUCUGGGCUCUUCAAGAAAAAUUGCUGGACAAAGUUUUAGGUUCACACAGGUACUAAAAUACCAAAUGAGCAAGAGGGGUCCUUGAUAGCACAGUGUUCAACUAAGCAAUGCAUGUUUCUUUGCAUUUAACAUUGAAGGUCAUUUGUGUGUAAUGCACACCAUUUGCAGUGAGCCUCAACCUCAUGUCGGAAGAUCUGACAGGGCUAAAUGUAACAUUUAAAUUUCAUUUCCACUUUAAAGUGGAAUGUGUGAGUUAAGAAAAUACUCCAUUGUUCCCUGUGGCUUAUGUAUAUGCAGUAUGUAAUUAAUUCAUGGUGCCAUCCUCACUUAAAUAUGUUCUUUACAUGUCUUCUACCAUGGGAAGGAGAGGAAAAUCAAUACUUUAUUUGUGUGUCAAAUCAGUUUCUUUUCUGUUAAUCCUGUGUUAUUACAGCAAGAGGAUCAUCUGUUACGGCAAAACAGACUUUUGUGAUUUUGUAGCAAAGCAGGUACAGUAUAAUACAAGAUACAUGUUUUUUAGGUUAUUGCUAUCCACUCUGCAUUCAGUAAUUCAGUCAUUUCACAAGAUUUCAGCCCUGAAAAGUUCAUAGCAAAGUGUUUUUAUUUUCAGCUUUGUUCCACUGCUGUCACGUAUAGAUCCAUUGUUAAUUCUUUUCUAUGCAAAGUGUGUUGUCAGACCACUGAGGUUAACUGAGGGAUACCAGGGUAAUUAAAAUAAUAAAAUGUCUAAAUUUAGUCUAUAUUGGCUUAUAUAUUUAAGAGGAGAUUGUCUAUAUAUUGCUAUUAUUUGUUAUAGUCAAAUAAAGUAUUUUUAAAGAA